CUUGUUUUCUUACUCUACUCAUACGAUUCUGACGCCGUUUUCACCUUUUUUCUCUUCCCACUCUGUCUUGUCUGCGCCCCUUGAACCUUCUUGCAGCCCUUCCUAACACUUGCCCCCUUGAGCGGCAUUUUAGCCUUCACCAUGUCGGCCACAACCUCCAACUUUUUCCCUUUGGCGACCGAGACUUAUUUCCCAGACACCCCCGGCGAUGCCAGUUCGUCUGGAAACGGGGUCGAUACUGAGGCUGGGGCAUCUGGCGACAGCCCCGGGGCGGUCAACCUGUCCCACGAAGCCAUGGUUGCCAUCAUCGUGGUUGUCUCUGUAGUUGGCGCUCUCGGAAUCGGCAUGGCCGUCUUGUUCUACGUAGCCAAGAAGCGUGAAUGGAAAAUCCGGGAGACCAUGCGCAAGUCUGCCAGGAAAGUCGUUACCGCUCUCACGCCGCGGAGGACCGAGUUUCCCAGAUCCGUCAAGGAGUCUUCGUCCCCGCCACGCAGCCACCGCGGCCGCGCGAGACUGGCUGAUGACGUGCCGCCGACACCCAGACUUCGGCCAGAGGAUCUCGAAAAAGGUCUCGCACAGGCCGAGUCGAAGCGCAAGUUGAUGAGAUGGGGUCGCAAAUGAGGAGAAGGAGGAAGUAGAGGGUGCUUGGAUCUCGAGGUUGCAAGCCGCCAACUGGCCUGGUGCUGGUGUAAUGGAUUCAUUUGCUGAGGAGGCCGAGACUGGAUGGAUGGUUGACGAUCAUGGGUCUGCGUGCGGCGUAGAGAAUCUUCUUCCUUGUACCAUUAUUAUUUCCCCAGAGAUGUUGUAGCUUUUC